AUGGGGAAUAAAUUGGGGAAGAAGAGGCAAUUGGUGGAUGACAAGUACACGAAGCCUCAAGGAUUAUACCAAAUCAAAGAUGUGGACCAAAAGAAACUUAGGAAGCUUAUUCUCGACUCGAAGUUAGCACCUUGCUACCCUGGUGACGAAGAAUGUGGUUGUGACCUUGAGGAAUGUCCCAUUUGUUUCUUGUACUAUCCAAGUCUUAAUCGGUCAAGAUGCUGCACAAAAGGCAUUUGUACAGAGUGUUUUUUGCAGUUGAGGACCCCUAAUUCUACCCGGCCUACACAGUGUCCUUUCUGUAAAAUGUUAAAUUAUGCAGUGGAGUAUCGAGGUAUUAGGACAAAGGAGGAGAAAAGCUUUGAGCAAAUUGAAGAACAGCAGGUUAUAGAAGCCAAAAUAAGAAUUAGAAAUCAAGAACUUCAGAAUGAAUACGAGAGGAUGCUCAAACGAAGGGAAAUUCGUUCUUCAAGCAGUAGAAGAUCAAGUGAGGUUGACAAUUGUUCAACAACAGAACUAUUCGUUGCUUCGGCUGUGCAAGGCGAGGAAGUCGUUACAUGUGAGGAGUCUCAUGUUUCUUCUGCAGUAACGCCGCCUUCACGUCCAAGGGAGGACGUGGUUGAAGUGGAUCUUGAGGACAUAAUGGUUAUGGAAGCCAUUUGGCGGUCUAUUCAGGAGAAAGGCAGGCAGCAAGAACCCUCGCCAUAUAAUGAUGCAGCUCUAUCACAAGAAUACACGGUGGAGAAUCGUGUCUCGUCAAGGAUGGCUCCAAUGGUUGGAUCAUCAUCGUCUUCUUCUGGAGGACUUGCUUGCGCAAUUGCUGCCCUUGCUGAAUGUCAACAAAAGGGCCGAGAGCCCUCCAAUAACUAUGGAGAGAACACAUCUGCAUAUAACAUGCCGGACUGUAGCCGGAUUUCAAAUUCUGUGGAACAAGAAUCUGAACAUACUUUUCUGGCCGAGUCCGCCAUUGUGAUGUCACCCAAUAGCCAGUCAGCUGGUCAUGCAGAUUGUGAUGAAUUUGACGAUAAUGUUAGCCCUGCUGCACUGCCCGAAUCAACAGAGAGUGAAUGCAGCUUUCAACCUGCUGUAGGGACUAUUGUUCCUGAGAGUUUUGAGGAGCAGAUGGUGUUAGCCAUGGCUGUUUCUCUGGUCGAUGUUUAA